AUGAAACAGAUCUUCCAAAACCUAAGCGCAGUUGAAUCCGCCGUGGCACAGCUCUGUGCUGCGCUACGAGAUGAUGCACAAUCAGAAGCUGGACAGGCCCGUAUCAACACAGCAGCCAUCAACUUGAAGGACGCCCUUAAAGCUAUGAGCGACUCCCAAUCGGCCAUUGAAAGCUCUGGUGAUGACACCAAGAAGAAGGCCCUCCAGGACUUGAUUGGCCCAUUUUCCAAAGGCCUCAGCCAAUUCGCAAAAAUCAUCACCAAUAUCUACGAGCGUGGACCCCUUCCUGAUGGUGUUGCAUCAGACUUGAAACCUGUUCUGGCCAAGUAUGAAGAGGUUCAAGAGUCUUAUGAGAAGCUUGCUACGGACAGCGGCCUGAAGAUCGAUUUGUAUAUGCCUGGAGUGUCAAAUGUACUGCCAGCAAAUGUGGAGGAGGCCUUUGGCAAGCUUGGCGGGCGGUAG